AUGAGGGAACUUGCAGCUACCCUAGAUCCUGCGCGACGGUGGAAUCAGGCACCGAUAUCAGUAAGACUGAUAAGUCUCUUUGUUCUCACUCUUUCCAGUACCAGAUCAGACUGCACUGGUCGGCACAGCAAGAUGUGCACGACUUUGACGCUGACAGCAUUGCUGACCACGACAGUGCACGCUGUGCUUGGGCAAACCCCGUUCGAUCCGCUCAAUGGGGCAUUCGAUAAGAAAGCCGAGGAGCUUCUGGACGUACUACACAUCCCCGGGAUUAGCAUAGCGGUUGUUCAAGGCGAUAAGAUCGCAUCGAAGGUCUAUGGCUUCAAACAGCUUCCUGAUGUACCCGCCACGGCAGACACUCUGUACUACACCGGCAGUACGACGAAAGCCUUUGUAGCGGCUGCAGCGGGUAUGAUGGUUCAAAACGAGACCCAGUUCCCAGACCUCAGAUGGUCCGCUUCCAUGUCCGAACUUUUAGCACCCGACUUCGCUUUGAGCAAAGAGUACGAAUCAUCCCACACAACUCUCGAAGAUGCCCUUUCUCAUCGCUCCGGCCUGCCACGCCACGACUAUGCGUACGGUUGGGGCAACGCUUCUGUCAUCGAGAAUGUCAGACGGAUGCGGUACUUACCCAUGACAGCUGAGCCACGGACACGGUGGCAGUACUGUAAUCUGAUGUACGGAACUGCUGGUGCUAUGAUCGAGAAGCACACUGGUCAUAGCCUUGAAGAUGUUCUCCGAACCUGGAUCUGGGAGCCUCUCGGCAUGCGCUCAACAGCUUUCGCAGCAUGUAGCGAUACUGCUAAGAAGAAUCUCGCGAGAGGGUAUUUCUGGCAUGGAGACGCUUACUACAUCCCGGGAAAGUACUACAACAUCAUCCCCGUAGCUGGCGCAGGCGCCAUCAUCUCCUCGGUCAACGACUACGCCUUAUGGAUCAAGGCUCUCCUCAACGCUGCCGGACCGAGCUUCGUCAACAAGACAAACCCCAUCACAACCAGCCUCUUCGCAGACGUGACGACGCCCAGGAUCGUUCUCCCGAGUGAGUACAGGAGCUCUGGCGCGCCAAUAACGUAUGCCCUAGGCUGGCUUUUGGCAAGGGCUGGACCGUAUAAUGUUAUCACUCAUGGUGGUGGCGUGCCUGGGUUCUUGACGGAUGUGUUCUUGGUGCCGGAGUUGAGGUUGGGGUUUGUGAGUGUUUGCAAUUCGUGGAGUGAGGAGGCUGCGGUGGCUGGGACGAAGUUGUUUUUGGAGGUGUUGACAGGGUUGGAGAAGGUGGAUGUCGAGAGUUUGGAGAGCUUGGAGAGUGAUGGAUUGCUGGAGGCGAAGAAGGAGAUGAUGGUGCCCGGUGCGACCAGGGACAUCGAGAGGGCUAAUGUGGCUGCUCAACAGGACACUGAGCCUUUGUCGAAAGCUACAAAAGCUGAGUCACGACCACUACCGGGCAACAUCCACGAUUACGUCGGACUGUACUCUCACCCAGCCUACGGUGUCCUCAACAUUAGCUUCCUACUCGACAAGAAAGAGGCCGCACCAGACUUCACCCUGCACCAAACACUUCUUGCUUCAUCUACAGCCUCCAGCAAAAUCAUGCUCCUCGCCGAACCCUCGCCGAGACUCUGGUCGAAUGCCUUCGCCUUGUCCCACGACACCUUCUCCACCUUUUAUGUACAGGCGGUGAAUCUGCACGGCGACGACGAUGAUGUGGAAGGCUGUAAGAGAUCUACCCACAACGCCAAAGCUUCGGUUAGUAGGGUGCUGGAGUGUAGAAAUGAGAUGGCAUUGGUCGUCGCUUUUAUAAGCAAGGCGAUCUUCGAGUAUGGGCUUGAUGGGGAGGUCGAGUGGCUUGGCGCUGAAAUGGAGCUGGAGAUGGUAAGGGAUGCACAGGAGAGUCUGAAUAGGGAGGGCCGGAAGAAGGGGAUGAUUUGGUUUGAGAAAGUGAGGUAA